UAACCGAUCAAUACUGGAUGGAUCAAAAAAUAAAUUCAAUUUUACGUAUAGCCAAAUAUGGGUUCAAUAAGGGAUAUGCCAUUAAACAAAAGAUAGUACUUAUAAUUAUAGAUGUGGGUUAUAGGUUAUUCGAAUUUUCAGAGAAUUUAUCCAUUUACGAUAUGAGCCAUUGUCUCUUUUUUGUUGCCGCUAAAGGCGAUUUAAGACAAUUAAUUGAAAUAGUUACUCAUUUCAAAACUUCUGGCAAUGUGACAAAAAUACACGAUACUCGUGAAGGUGACACUAUACUUUCCUUCAUGGCAAAAUUUGGGGACUAUAUUCAAGAAGAUUUUCUAAAUUGCUUUAGAUUUAUGUUGGAUCAAGGUGUUGAUAUUGAAAGAACCGACUAUUACAAAAAUAAUUUAAAACAAAUUAUUGCAAAGGAAAUGAAGAUUUUUCAAGAAGGUGAAAUUUGUGAGAUAUUGAAAACAAUGUAUAAUAUUGUAGAUACAUUUGCCAAACCAAUUGCCUAUAAUGCUGACUCAACAUUGAGCCAUAAAUACCAGCUUUUCCAGGCAAUUAUACACGGCAGUAAAAACUUAAUUGACGUUUCUGAAGAUUAUAAACAUCUGGUAAAUUCAGAUGAUGGAGAGAAUACCCUUCUGCAAUUAGCUAUAAUUAAAAAUAAUGUAGUCAUAGCAAAAGAAUUAUUAAAUAUGGGUGCGAAUCCCAAUCAAAUAGUAAAAGGAAGAAAUGAAGAGGUUCCUUUGGUAUUAGCUGGUAAACUAGACAGACAUAACAUUUUUACAGAAAUAUUAAAGAAUAAGGAUAUUGAGAUUAGCGAAAGCACUUUUGUCGAGUUAGUGAAAAAAUCAAAAUGGAAGUUUACAAAUCCCUUGUUGGAGUCAAAAAAAUUGAAUGUUGAUUUUGAACAUAAAGGAAAAAUACCACUGCAGUAUGCUAUAAAAGCAAAAAAUAGAAAAGCUGUAAAAUCCUUACUUGAAAGGGGUUCUUGUGUUAAUGACACUUGUUUACGUAAUAUCAAUCCCAAAGAUUUAGAAUAUUACUUAAAUUCAUGCAUACAUUCUGACUACCAAAAAGAUUUGGAAGAAAACAGUUACAAGUCGUUUCUGGUCUUUGACUUUUUUCUAAACUCUUCUAGAAAAUUUCAUAAAAAGAAAAACCCACAUGAUAAUUCUAAUGAGUCGGGACAACUAUAUAACGGUUCACCUGGCAAGUUUGAAUCUGAAGUUGCAAUUAUUCGGAACAUUGGAAACAUGAAGAGGCUCAAACAUCUACUAGAGCAUCCCUUAGUGUACAUAUAUAUUAUGCUUAAGUGGCAUUGUGUAUGGAAGUAUUAUUACUUUUUUGUUAUCCUUAAAUCAAUUUUCUAUUUAAUUAUUAACAUUUUACUAUUCACAGGCUCAUUUAAUUUUUACAUAGCAAUUCGUGUCCUAUUAAUACAAAUUGCAGUUGUCAAGGAGAACACACUGUCGAAAAGCACUCCGAAAAGUGAGAGGCAAGGGGACCUCACUUUAAUAAAGCACACCGAAAAGUGCGAGGCAAGGGGAACACAUGUUAAUAAAGCACCCCAAAGGGAACAGCCUACUACGUCCUCGUCGUUGUUCCUGAGUUCGGCAAAACAAGGUUCUCCCAACGAAAGUCUCGUUCUCACUGGGUUAUGGGGUUUCGGAGUUAUAGGGUUAUUGAAGAUUGAGGAAGUGCACAAACAUAAAGAGGCCAUUCUUCAGGAAAAAAUAAGGUCCCUAACGCCAGUCCAAGAAAUCGCUAGUGAGGUAUUCCUCUAA